UCCCAUCAGUCCAGACAGGCGGAUCAGACAGAGUACUACUACAGCUCCCAGCAUACAGAACACAGAGAGAGGGCGUCGGGUGAGCCUGGAGCUACCUGUCCUCCAUUUCUCUUCCACGUUGGAGGUGUUGUAGCUGCAGCACUAGCCUGAUUCCUGCACUGUGCUUUCUUCAGAUGGAGGCAGCCGUGCUCAAAGCCUCGAUGAUGCAGGAGGUGGACUGUAACAGCAACACCCUGAACGCCGAGCUGGAGGUGAAGAAGCUGCAGGAGCUGGUGCGGAAGCUGGAGCGGCAGAACGAGCAGCUGCGGACCCGGGCGAGCAGCGGGCCGCAUGUGGUGCCUCCCUCCCCGGCUCUGAAGGGGUACUGCCGGCCCAGCCCUCUGCCCACACUCCUCUGUCAGGCGUCUUUGGGGUCUUUUGCAUCUUCUGAGGAGCCUUUCCAGUAUUUCCACCCGCACACAGGCGGGGAUGGAGCAGCUGCUGCGGAGGAGGAAGAGGAGGAGGAUGAGGAUGAAUCCGAGCCAUCGGUUCUGGAUGAGCUGGAACUUUUGGACCUGGACUCUCUGUCCUGCUCGGAUCAGUCUGAUGAAACCUGGUUAUACAUGUCAUCAAGAGCUAAGGAGUCUCCAGAAGAAGCCGUCGCUCCGGUGCAGUGGUGCCGGAAAGCUCUGGACUGUCCCAAAUCAGAGGUGGAGGCCGCCAGGAGAUCCCUGUCCCUCCGUCUGGAACAAGUCUCAAGGUGGCGUGGCUCCCUGUCCAGCCCCUCCCUCUCCUCCUCCUUCACCCUCCCUCCUCCUCCUCUGAGCCGAGUAGCCGGAGUGUCACCCAUCAGUUCUCCCUCUCCUGCCAAACCCUGCUCCACCCCGCAGCUGGACAGACAUGCUCCGCCCCUCUCCUCCCCACUCCACCCGGUCCUCCAUCGGACCCUGAGCCCUGUAGGGAAGGAGCUCUCCCCCGUAGCUGAGAGGACUCCCACCUUCUUCCCUCACAGCCGCAGUCGCAGCCUCCGACGUUCAGCCUUCAGCCCGCAGUCGUCCAUGGACGGCGACCUCGGGGCUUCAGAGGCCGAGGACGACUCCAUCUCUCUGGGAUACAAACUGCAGGACCUCACCGAUGUCCAGGUCAUGGCCCGACUGCAGGAGGAGAGUCUAAGACAGGACCUCGCCAGCAGCACGUCAUCCAUCCUGGCCAACCGCCGCAGCCAGAGCUUCACCUUCCAGCUCAGCCAGCUCAGCGCUGGGCCCGGCCUGGAGGAGGAAGACGAGGAGGACGACGAAGACUACGGCCUCCUACCCCCGCCACAGCCUCGCCUCACCCGCCUGCCACACUCCCACACCUUCUCCAGCAUUCGAGACUGGCGAAGAAGCACAAGCUCCCUGUGCACGCCUCCUUCCACCCCCUCCACCCCGCCCUACCCUUCCGCUGGGUUCGCCUUUCCAACGCAGCCACAGGGACCACAGGGACUCGGACUGGGACUGGGCAGCCUGUACGGAGCCGAGUCGCAGGGCUUCAGACCAGGAUCAGCCGACUAUGAGAAUAAGCUGCGGAGGAGCAUGCCUAACCUUGUCAGAACUCCCAGCAUGCCGAGUGUGCCCGUUCCAACCAAUCCAAGUGCUUCCCCUUCUUUGCUUCGUAACAGCCAGAGUUUUGAUUCGUCCAGCGGGCUGGCUCGACUGCAGUCCUCUAUACCCUCCCCAGGUCACCCAAUCAGGGUCCAGAGUGUCGGGAACUUCACCUCCUUGUCACGGCAGCCGCUAAAGGCCACGGCCUACGUCAGCCCCACCAUCAAGGGCUCCUCAUCCAUGCCCACCUCCACCAGCCUCCAGUCUCUGAACAGCAGCAGCAUGGGGGCAAACAGCGGGAUCCCUAUGUUGAAUAAACAAUCCAUCCCCAUUUCAACCCCGCCCACGCCUCGCAGUGGCCUGCCCCGCCCCGCCUCCUUUGUCGGCACGACAAGCUCCACCCCACGCAGCAAGAUGGCCCAACCAGUGCGAAGUUUACUGACCCCUCCAAAGAGCUUGUCUACUCUGAGUGCCCUUCGUGACAGCGCCUGGAGAGACGGCUGCUACUGACCAACGGGUGGAGCAGCAGGUGCAGUGGCGCCCCGCUGGCUGGGGUACCUCGCUACACCUCGAAAUGAAAUAUUCCUUUGGAUGUUUGAGCCAAAAAGAAACUGUUCGUUGACCUUAAAUCUGAAAUCCUGCAUAGAAUAAAUAAUUACACCUAAUCCAUGUCAUCCAUUGAAUUCUAUGCAGAAUUUCUUCGGGGAAGGCGGGUUGUUUUUAAUCGAAGUUCGGUCCGUGCCAAGGGGGAGCUGCUCCCUGUCGCUCAUGUGCAAUAAGCCACUGACUGUCAGCUGCCAGUAACCUCCUGAAGAGGGCUGCCACUUUUUAUGAGCCUCAUUUCACUCUUUUUAUCAUUUAUUUAUUUACAUAUUUAUUUCGAAUAAACUGUUUUGACUAAUCAGGGUUUUUUCCCUCUGGCAACAAGCGCCGACAAUGCUGCUAAAACGUGAUCUGUCCCUGUUAGUUUGGGCACAUUUGGUCUAAUUUUUACAAGCAAGACAUUAAAGUAUGUAGUCAUGCUCCAAGCUAAUUAUAAAUGUGCAAAUAUUAAUAUAUUUAUUGAUGCAAUAUUAUUGAAUUUAAAAUCUUGACCAAAUGGAAAAUGACUGAAUGUGUUUACAGAAUUGUCUCACACAGUUUGUGCAUAUUAACACUUUAAAAUUUGACCUGUUCGUGUUGCACUUUGUAUAAAUACUUUUCUUUUCUGUUUACAAAUGUUUGUACUUCUUUUACAUUUCUGGAUUUAGGGGGUAAAAUUUAUUAAUUUGGUGUUUUUGUCAGAUUUCACAGUAAUACACUGCAUAAAUGUAGCACUUUCUGUUUGUAAUAUGUGACUAGUGUUUUUAAAUGAAUGUUACUAUUGCACAUUUCACACAAUACUGACACUUUUGUUACUGUGAUGGAGUGAAUGAGUUGAAGAUUUUAAUAAAUACACUGAAAUAAA